AUGCCAGAGCCCGACAUGGCUCCGGUUUCGAACGCGCUUCCCCCUCCAUCCGCGUUCCUGCACACCCCCGAAUCAAUACCACACUCAUCCUCACCGUCAAUAAUCCACCUGAAACGGGACCUACUCGUCCCCCUCUCCUUCCAAUCCAACAACGCCCAGCCGGAAACCCAAGACACCCGAGCCGCCGCCUAUAGUUCCAAAGGCGUGCUGAAUACCCGCUUCGGCGACUUUCCGCAUUCCUCCAUUGUCGGAAUACCAUACGGGAGUCAGGUCCUUGCCGCACCGCUAACGAACAACGACCAGAACCGGAAGCGCAAGCGGCGGGCGGACGCUAGUGAGGGGGCGGCUGCCGAACCUAUAUCUACGGGGUUCCUACACGUUCUCGCGCCGACUGCCGAAUUGUGGACUGCUAGUCUACCGCAUAGAACGCAGGUUGUGUACAUGCCCGAUAGCUCGUUUAUCCUGCACAAGUUACAGGUCCGGCCCGGCUCAGUGCUAAUCGAGGCCGGAGCCGGGAGUGGAAGUUUCACACAUGCCGGAGUUCGUGCAGUGUAUAAUGGGUAUCCCGAUGGGAGGAGUGGGAUCGGGAAGGAAGGGAGGAAGGGCAAAGUCUUUAGCUUUGAGUUUCAUAAUGAACGAGUGCAGAAGUUGACAGAUGAGAUUGAGAGGCAUGGACUUGACGGGUUGGUGGAGAUUGUGCAUCGGGAUGUUUGUAAGGAUGGGUUUCUAGUCAAGAAUACGGUGGGUGAGCAAGAGGAAGAGGAUAUUUCUCCCAGAGCUACUGCCGUCUUUCUGGAUCUCCCAGCGCCUUGGUAAGUUGCUGCAACUGGAUUCAUUUGCUCCCCUUGCUGACUGAACUAGGCUUGCGCUACCGCACCUAACCCGCCGGACACGCCCAACGCCUUCGCUACCGACCUCUACAGGGCUCACCCCAUCUCCUUCACCUGGCCCUACCGUGAGCGUUGAGAAGAUUCGCGAAAUACCGGCUACUGCCACAGCUACAAUGCCCCCACGGGGCCUUCUAAAUCCCACUUCCGCUGCUUCUGCCCAAGUGCCGAUCAAAGCAGAAGACGGCACCACCGUGAGACCAGAUAACGCGGCCUCCAACGAACCCUACGACACCGGAAAACCCUCUGCUUUAUCACCAACGGAGGCGGUCAGAAUUUGCACCUUCUCGCCCUGUAUCGAGCAGGUAACUCGAACAGUCAGUGUCUUGCGCAAACUCGGCUGGGUGGACAUUGAGAUGGUCGAGGUGCAACACCGGCGCAUAGAAGUCCGUCGACUGAACCCGAAGGGCUACGAGGACGGCGCGGGUCCACGAACGGUCGCUGAGGCAGUUCAGAGGUUGAAAUGGGUCGGCGAAUACCGUGAACACAAGCGCGAAAGGGAUUCAGCGGACUCUACUACUAAUACUGCAGUCAAGCAAAGUCCGACUGAGGCGUGGAAGUCGCAGAACAACCGCGAGAGGAAGAGCGCAAAGGAUAGCAAGAUUGUCACCAGGAUCGAGCCGGAGAUCAAGAGUCAUACGAGUUAUCUUGUUUUCGCUGUGUUGCCCAGGGAAUGGACGGCAGAGGAUGAAGCAGCCGCGCAAGCACUGGUGGAACAGACAACCAAGAGCGUUGUGAAUGCUCCUAUUGAUGGGAAUCUCAAGGGCAAUGGAAAACUCAAGUGGAAAGGGGAGAAGGAGGAGAAGCCUAGGAGUAAACGCCAAAUCAAAAGGGCAGAAAGGGAGAAGAGAAAGGCGGAGGAGAAAGGGCUCAAGGGGGAUGGGGCAAUGGAGGAUGGAGGAGCCCCACUAGCCAAUGAGGAUGAUGAAGAGGGAAAAGAUAUCCUGGGUGUAGAGGGCGGAAUCAAUGAAAUGGAGGUUAGCGAGUAAGGGUCCGAUCAGGCUUGGUGUAUCAUUAUUGUUAGAGUAGAGCUGUAACAUAGCUUGUACGCCUUAGCGCUAGCUAAUCAAUGUAAUGACCCUGUACGGUAGCUGUUCCGGCGG